AUGUCUAGCAGAGCCAGGAAAAUAUUAGAUAUGGCAAGAGAGGGAAUCUAUGAGGUUGGAGAUAACGGAAUAUGUAAUCUGAUCAGCUGUGCAGAAAAUACUAUACAGGAAUUUCACCAAUCGGUACCAGCACUAAUUGACGGCAUAGGACAGUCUGGCAGCACACAAUGUGACACAUUACAGUCCAACGAAGAAGUUAAUUUGGUUGAAGGGGAAAAUGAGAACGCUGCAUAUGACACGACGCCAUCAAAUGAAAAUAGAGUUGAUUUGAUGGAAGAAGAAAAAGAGAACGCAGCAUAUGGAAUGGAAGAACAAACAGAAGAGUUGUUCCAGAGAAAAAGGGCUAAGCGGCAUAAUCUUGACCAAUCAAUGUGGUUAAAAAUUAGAAAUCAAGCGAACCGCGAAAAGGGCUUAGCAUAUAAAGGCAAAAUGAAGGUUUUUGGAAAAUGGAAAUAUGACAUUCCUCGAAACAAGAAAAUGUUAUCUAAUGUUUGCGACUGUAAGAUAACAACUAAAUCUAGUAAAAUAGAGUGUAGAAAAUUGACUCAGGAAAACCGAGAAUAUAUAUUCAAUAUAUUUUGGAACCACAUGCAUUGGCAAGAGAGAAAAAUUUAUAUCCAGAGUUUGGUGGAAAUUGAAAAUGUAAAAAGAAGAAGGGGAGCCAAUGAAAAUAGUCGAAGAAACUAUUCACUAAAGUACUACCUUAAAGUCGAGAACAAAGAAUUAAGAGUCUGCAAGAAAAUGUUCCUAAAUACUAUGAGCAUGAAGGAAUCUACAGUAUUAAACUGGACGAAAAGUGACAAAUUGGAAGAAAAUGAAAAGAGACUAAAUGACAAAAGAAAACAGAGUAGGAGUAAAAUGUAUGGAGGAAGAUACGAGGCACUAAACCAGUUUUUCGAUUCAUUACCGAAAGUCGAAUCACACUAUUGCCGAGCAUCAAGCAGCAAACUGUAUUUGGAACCGAUGUGGGCUUCAACAAAUCAGUUGUAUGGCUUUUACAAAUGUCAUCAUUGUCCUGACAGCGGUGAUGAACCCAAAUUCGAUACUCUUAAUUACUACAAAUCCAUUCGACCCGGUAGAGAUACAGUAGUUAAAAUACGUGCUUUAAAGUAUGACCCAUCUGGAAAGAUCUACUACAAAUUGAGGCACACUGACCCCUGGGAUCAACUAAAUCAGAGAGUUAAGCUGUCACCACCGAGACCAACACAGAGCUUACCAAACAUGUAUCAAGAAAGAAGGAAGAUAAAAAAGGAAAAAUAUGAUCAUCUCCAAAUUUUGAAGAAAACUCUACUUCAAGAUUACCAUACCUUCUAUGAUAAUCUUCCCUACGAGGAAAAUUAA